GUAGCCGUCGUCUCUUGUGGUUUGGAAGCCUAAUUGACAUUAAGGAGUACGAAGAAGAUAACUAUGGGCAAACUCUAUACAUCCGCCUACCAAAAUCUGAACUAGAUUUCCCUAAUAGUUCUGCCAAGAAGAAAAAGAUGGUCAUUGCCUUACUGAUGUCAGCUAUUGCUGCUUUGUUUCUAUCGGCCAUGGUGUACUGGUUUCGAAUCUGGAAUUGCAGAAUAAAGAGCAAAGGUUGGAAAAUCAAGGAGGAAGAUGUUGAUUUGUCACUUUUUGAUCUGGCUACCAAUGUUAAUGCUACAAAUGGUUUUUCUGAGGAUGGUCUGAUUGGAGCUGGUGGCUUUGGCCCAGUUUACAAGGGAAAUCUUUGCACAGGCCAAGAAGUAGCAGUGAAGAGACUAUCAAGAAAUUCAGGACAAGGUCUUGAAGAGUUUAAGAAUGAAACAAUUCUGAUAGCCAAAUUUCAACACCGGAAUCUUGUCGGGCUUCUAGGUUAUUGCAUGGAGAGGGACGAAACGAUUUUGGUCUAUGAGUACAUGGAAAACAAGAGUUUGAAUUAUUUUAUCUUUGAUCGUGAAAGAUGCUCAUUGUUAGACUGGGAAAAACGUUUUGACAUUGUCGUUGGGAUUGCGAGAGGACUUCUCUAUCUACACCAUGAUUCUAAACUUCGAGUAAUUCACCGGGAUCUCAAAGGUAGCAACAUUUUAUUGGAUGGCAGCCUAAGCCCUAGAAUCUCGGACUUUGGGUUGGCAAGAAUUUUUGCAUGUGAUGAGAAAGAAGCAAAAACAAAGAGAAUCAUUGGAACUUAUGGCUAUAUGUCCCCUGAGUAUGCCUUCGAUGGGAAGUUCUCUGUGAAAUCCGAUGUCUUUAGCUUUGGUGUGCUUUUGUUAGAGAUUGUAAGCGGCAAAAGAAACAGAGGAUUAUGCCACCCAAAUCAUCACCAUAACCUUCUCGGACAUGCAUGGUUGCUUUGGAGUGAAGACAGAGCCAUGGAACUCGUUGAUGGGUGCUUGUAUGAUUCGGUGGAACGUCAAGUACAAAGAUGCAUCCACAUCGGCUUGUUAUGCGUGCAGAAGUUCCCCAACGAUAGACCAGCGAUGUCCUUUGUAGUCGCCAUGUUAGGAAAUGAAAGUGCAAGCUUGCCUCGACCUAAACAGCCUGGUUUCUUCAUGGAAAGAAGUUCAAUGGACUUAGGCGCAAACCUGAGGCAUGAAGAACUCCAUACAGUUAAUGCAGUCACGGUGACGAUGUUGGAUGGUCGAUAGUGCGUUUUU